GGUUUGUGCUGCAUGUUGGUAUGUCAACCAGGAGAUGGAGCUGCUCUAUAAAUAGAAAACAUUUAAAAAUUCGCUCUAUCUGCCACAGCUCUCCCCAUUUUUCUGCCUUCACCUGACUGUCAAAUGAACAGAUGAUGAGAGAUUUUUCCUUGGGUAUAUCUCUCAAAACUGUGGCCAUUUGAAUGAAACAAAUCACGAGUGCCACUCAGUAUGUUGUGUGCUGAUGAAGAUUUUUGCAGUCAGACCUGCUUUUAUUUUUGUUGCCCUACAUAGGUCCCUUUUCUAUAAAUGAACGCCAGUGCCUGCCUUAAAACCAAAGCCAGACAUGAAUAAUUCAUAGAGGGAUCUUCUCCAAGACCCCUACUGGUGACCAAGUAUAACCUGCAUAAAUGUGUGAACACCCAUUAAAUAUGACUGAUGCUGCUCACACACUCAAAAACUAAAGAAAAGUGACAUAAAUAUCAUCCCUUUGAGACAUGAGACAGAUAAGAGAGGAGGUGAUGUGUGUGAGAGGGGAGUUAGUUUGCAGUAGUCGGAAGCGAGGGAUGGGGCUCCACCCCCUGGUAUACAAGACUAACACCUGUUUUCCACUCAGUGUCAGUGGGAGAUAGUUCUGCUCUCCAUCUGUGUCCAAAUCAGAGCACAGGGCUCUGCCUGCCACCUGGACCGAUUCUCAACCUCAUCCGCAGGACACAAACAAGGGUGAAGAAAGCCUCUAAGAGACCAUAAGGUGUUGGAGAUCUUGAAUCAGGGACUAGAAAACAUCAAAACAGUUUCUUAAGGUGUGAGGGAUCACUGUCAGCAGAGAGGAUAAUCUCAGAGAAGAUACCUGGGUUUUUUUCCGUCUACUUCUGGAGGAUGUAGACCUCCAAGGAUAAGGAAAGGAAGGAAAGGUUUUUUUAAAAAAAAAUAACAAAAGAAUCAAGGUGACAGCCAGAGGAGGGUAUCAUGUCCACAAACGGCCAAGACAGAGACCCUGAUAUUGAACUUUUUGUCAAGGCAGGCAACGAUGGAGAAAGCAUCGGCAACUGUCCCUUCUCUCAGCGUCUCUUCAUGAUCCUCUGGCUUAAAGGAGUCGUGUUCAACGUCACAACCGUCGACCUCAAAAGAAAGCCAGCAGAUCUGCACAACCUUGCUCCAGGGACACACCCUCCUUUCCUGACCUUCAAUGGAGAGGUCAAGACCGAUAUCAACAAGAUCGAGGAGUUUCUGGAGGAAACGCUCUGUCCUCCAAAGUAUCCCAAACUGGCCGCCAAGCAGAGAGAGUCAAACACAGCUGGAAAUGACAUCUUUGCCAAGUUCUCAGCCUACAUCAAAAACACCAAACCAGAGGCCAACUCCGUUCUAGAGAAAGGUUUAAGCAGGGCCCUGAAGAAGCUGGAUGACUACCUGAACAGUCCUUUGCCAGAUGAGAUCGAUGCAGACAGCAUGGAGGAGGAGAAGGGCUCCACCCGAUGCUUCCUUGAUGGGAACGAGCUCACUCUCGCUGACUGCAACCUGCUGCCUAAACUGCACAUAGUCAAGGUUGUUGCUAAGAAGUACCGCAGCUACGACAUCCCAGCAGAAAUGUCGGGCGUGUGGCGGUACCUGAAGAACGCCUACACACGUGACGAAUUCACCAACACCUGUGCUGCUGACUCUGAGAUCGAGACCGCCUACAAAGAUGUGGCGAGGAGACUGGCCAAGUAACUCGCCAACUGACUCGAACUCAAAUAAAAUAAACUAGUAGCUCAGCACAAAAACUUUUUAAUGUUCUUUUGGGCCUUCCUCAGUGGCAUUUUUAGGAACCUGAAAUAUUUGUAUAAAUAUUUCAGGUUCAUAGUAAACAGGUCAGAUGUUGCAGAUUUCUGUGUGUUAGGAUGGCUGAUACUGCUUUACAGCUUCAGCUGUGAGUUCAGACAUUUACUACAUGAUGUAUAUGGGGUUAUAAUUACAGAACCAGACACUGGAAAAGAGAACUGGAGCAGUCGAUAAAUCGAGAACAUUUAACUUCAUUCACAGUUUUAAUCCAGAUUCAAAUUUUGCUUCUGUGAAACUCCUGACAUAUAACUUUCACUCAAA